AGGCUCUCGGCUUAUCCUCCUCUUCGUCUCAAGAUGAAGUUCUUUGGUUGGGUGCAAAAUAAGCUUAAUGGGAAACCAGGGAGCAGUAAAUCCCAUACAGUUCCUACUACUAAGCACAUGAAACAAGAGGCUCGACAAGAGUUCAGUGAUUGGCCUCAUGGAUUGUUGGCAAUAGGAACAUUUGGUAACAAUAAUGACAUUCCCGAAAAUCCUGGAUCCCGAAACAUCACCCGACGAGAUACGUUCGAUAUUGAAGAGGAACAGGAGCCGUCUUCGUCCGAGGAUUUACACGAAUUUACACCCGAAGAAGUCGGGAAACUAGAAGAGGAAUUAACCAGACUCUUGUCCCGAAAACCCGCUCCCGAUGUUAAAAAGGAAGUGGCAAAUUUACCAUUGGAUAGGUUUCUCAACUGUCCAUCGAGCUUGGAAGUUGAUAGGAGGAUUAGCAAGGCACUUUGCAGUGAUUCGGGAGAUAAAUCGGAUCAAGAUGACAUUGAUCGAGCCAUCAGUGUCAUUCUGGGCAGAUGCAAGGACAUUUGUGCCGAAAACAACAAGAAAUCCAUUGGGAAGAAAUCCAUUUCUUUCCUCUUGAAGAAGAUGUUUGUUUGCAGCAGCGGAUUUUCACCUGCCCCGAGUAUCAGAGAUACACUGCAGGAAUCAAAAAUGGAGAAGCUUUUGAGGGUAAUGCUCCGCAAGAAGAUUUACAAUCAAAAUCCUUCUCGAGCAUCAGCCACAAAGAAAUAUUUACAAGACAAACAAGCACCCAGGAAGCAAAAUAAUGAAGAAGAAACCCAGGGGAGAAAGAGUGAAGAUGGAUAUAAAUGGGUGAAGACAGAUUCUGAGUAUAUUGUUCUGGAGAUCUAAAAGCACAUAGAUUUGCAGGUUCCUAUGUUCUAUAAUCUAGGAUUCAAGAACAUGAAAUGUACCACGACUGAAAAUUUCAGAUCAUAUCUAUGAAUCGA